AUGUCUAUUGCGAAUUCAUUUCUAAAGUCGUUAUGCGAAGAAUCUCAUCAUUUGUCAAGAGUUAACUCUCAAAUCGAUCUCUUGAGGUUUUGGAAGUAUUUUAUGGAAAUCACGUCUUAUAUCUUAUCCAAUGGAUCUUGGAUCAUUAAAAAAAAAAACGGAUAUAUCUUGGCUGAUACUCAAGAAGUACUCUUACCAGUGUUAUCAAUCAGCUUAAAUUACCAGAUUGGAGAACCUUUAUCUAAUUUCCAGGAUGAUGAACUUAAAUUGCUUGAUUACGAUAUAUUUUCGUAUAAAUUUCACGAGGGCUCUAAAUUACCCGAUUUCGAAAAUCCUUUGUCCAAAUUACAGGAUUAUGAUGAGGAGCUUAAAUUACUGAUAACCCUUUAA